AUGCCUUCUGCUGUGUCUGAGUUGUACCAAUACUCCCACGUCCCCGAGACGGAGGAGAACCUCGAUUGGGCAGACCUUCCCACCAUUGACCUUGCCAAGUACGGAACACCAGAGGGCAACAAGGAACUUGCCCAGACUUUGAUCGAAGCUAUCCGCACCAAGGGUUUCUUUUAUGUCAUCAACUACGGCAUCUCACAACAAGAAGUCGACAAGCAGUUCGCUCUAGGCCAGAAGUUCUACGAGCUCCCUCUUGAUGAGAAGCUAAAGUAUGAGCCCAACCUUGAUUCCGGUGACUACAAUGGAUACCGUCCUGCAGGCAGGCGGUUCCUGAGCGGUGGCAUUAAGGACAAGACCGAAGUUUGGAACAUGGCGACCAAGGAUGGUCACAUUACCCAGCCCCUGCCCAAGCUUUUGGAGGAGCGCAAAGAGGAGAUUGAGGGCUUCGCCAAGGACUUGCAUGACAAGGUAUUGGACCCCUUGAACCACCUCAUCGCUCUUGCAUUGGAGCUUCCGGAAGACUUCUUUACUCGUGUCCACAAGUGGGAUGUCCAUGACGAGUCGCAUCUGCGAUACAUGAAGUACUCCAAGUUCACACCAGAGGAGAUUGAGAAGCUCGAUGACGGUCUUUGGUCUCGUGGCCACACCGAUCUCGGCACCAUCACCCUUCUUUUCCGCCAGCCAGUGGCCGCGCUGCAGAUCAGGGAUCACGAGACCGGCAACUGGAAGUGGGCCAAGCCUCUUGACGGCAGUCUGACUGUCAACACUUGCGACGCCUUGAGCUUUCUGACUGGCGGUUACGUCAAGUCUACCGUUCACAGAGUAUCUGUUCCCCCCAAGGACCAGCGCCACGUCGAUCGCCUGGGCCUUCUGUACUUCGCCCGUCCCCAGAAUGAUCUCACGCUGAAGACCAUUGACUCUCCCGUCUUGAAGCGCGAGGGCUUCACACAAAAUGAGUUCGAGGCCGGCGGUCACAGAGUUCCAACGAUGGGCGAGUUCACGACUCUCAAGCAGACAUGGCAGCAGAGAAAGGGCGUCAGCUACCAGUCAUCCGAAGGCCAAGAGAUUUUGCCUGGUUUCAAGGGCCAGUACUUCCAAUAG